AUGGGAUCUUAUUUAUCCAUUCGUCGAAUAACCUCAGAUGGUAUGCUCUUCCCUAAACCCACUAUCCCUCUGGAGAUCAUCAUCUCUCGCUUGAAAACCUCUCUUUCUCGAUGCCUAAACCUUUUCUUUCCCGUAGCCGGUUGUCUCUCCACUUUCUAUCAUGACACAAUGCCACCUUCGCUAUCCAUUCUCCUAGACUGUAAUGACCAAGGUCUUGAUGUUAUAGUCGCAUCUGCAAAAGAAGUGACAUUGUCUGAUAUCAUUAUUCUAAAUGUUCCCUCCUCUCUAAAAUCUUUCUUCCCUCUAAAUGAUGCAAAUUCCCGUGAUGGACACUCAAUCCCUCAUUUCUCCAUCCAAGUCACCGAGAUAUUAGAUGGCAUUUUCAUCAGUCACUCUUACAACCAUUCAAUAGCAGACGCCACUUCAAGCUGGCAUUUCACCAAUUCAUGGUCAGAAAUUUCAAGAACUGUCUCGGUGAGCACCAUCUCCGAGUUGAAGGAAAAAGCAAAUACAGAAAUGGGAACGAACUGCCUUUACUCACAUAAACCUCUGUUAGUUCAUGUGUGGAAAUGUGUUUUCCGUGCUUGGAAACUACAGAAUGACCAAGAAUAA